UCUCUCAUAAUCCAGUGGAUCAGUUUGUCUGCACAACUUCUGCCAUUGCGGAUAUUGUCAUCCUGGUCGAUGGAUCUUGGAGUAUUGGGCGAAUCAAUUUCCGCCUGGUUCGCAUGUUCCUCGAAAACCUGGUCAAUGCCUUCGACGUGGGAAUAGACAAAACCCGGAUUGGACUGGCCCAGUACAGCGGCGAUCCACGGAUAGAGUGGCACUUGAAUGGCUUCAGUACAAAAGAUGCAGUAAUAGAUGCUGUCAAAAACUUGCCGUACAAGGGAGGCAACACUCUCACAGGUCUUGCUCUUACCUACGUUUUGGAGAACAGCUUCAAACCUGAGUCUGGGGCUCGUGGCGAUGUUCCCAAAAUUGGAAUUCUGAUAACAGACGGCAAAUCCCAGGAUGAUGUUAUCCCACCUGCACAGAUCCUGAGAAGUGCUGGAGUCGAGUUAUUUGCCAUUGGUGUGAAGAAUGCUGAUGAGAACGAGCUGAAGGCCAUCGCCUCUGAACCAGAGGAAACACAUGUUUAUAAUGUGGCAGACUUCAGUAUCAUGAGCACUAUAGUGGAUGGUCUUACCAGGAAGGUGUGUGAUGGAGUGGAGCAACAAGACAAAGAUAUUAAACGAGAUCCUUCUGCUGAAGAGACAGCAUCUCCACCCCAGGACUUGGUCACUUCUGAGGUGACCGCACACAGUUUUCGUGUGUCCUGGACUCAUGCGCCUGGCAGUGUGGAAAAAUACCGGGUGGUUUACCAUCCAACCGCAGCAGAUGUUCUGGAAGAGAUUGUGGUGGGCGGCACGGAGAAUUCAGUCGUCCUGCAGAAUUUGAACUCUCUGACUGAAUACGAGAUUGCUGUGUUCGCUGUGUACCGCAGCGCAGCGAGUGACGCUCUGAGAGGCAGCGAGAUCACGCUGGCUCUACCAACAGUGAGUGAUCUCGAGGUGUACGAAGUGACAGACAACAGCAUGAGAGCCCGCUGGAGGGAUGCAGAGGGGGCUUCUGGGUACAUGAUCCUUUACGCUCCACUGAGCGGUGAGACUACAGAUGAAAGAGAGCUAAAGGUGGAUGAGUCGGUGACUGAUGUGGAGCUGACUGGAAUGAUUCCUGACACAGAGUACACCGUUACGGUCUAUGCCUUGUUCGGAGAGGAGGCCAGCGAUCCUGUAACUGUUCAGGAGACCACCAUGUCCCUGAGACCUCCUCGUAACCUGCGGGUCACUGAAGUUGACCACAGCUCUGUGCGACUCAACUGGGACGCAGUGUCCAGGAAGGUUAAGGGCUACCGUGUGUUGUAUAUGAAGACAGAUGGUGUCCAGACCAGUCAGGUGGAUUUGGGUCCAGUCACCAACGUGUACCUGAAGAACCUGUCACCCUUAACAGAGUACACCGUUGCUGUUUUCGCUCUCUACGAUGCCGGCCAAUCAGAGGCGCUCAGUGGCGGAUUCAAUACAAAGCUCGUGCCAGCCCCCUUCAGCCUCAUGACAUCACAGGUGACCUCAGAGAGUUUCCAGGUCAGCUGGUCACAUCCUGCCAGAGAUGUGGUGCUCUAUAAGAUGGCCUGGUCACCCACCGAAGGAGGACAAGAGAGGGAGAUAAUGCUGAGUGGAGCUGUGAACUCAUAUGUGAUUCAAGACCUGAGUCCUUUUACACAGUAUAAGGUGUCACUGUCAGCCAUCUAUGAAGACGAAAUGGAGAGCAACCCUGUGGUUGUGCUUGAGAAUACACUGGGCUGGACCACAGAAGUUCCCACAACUUUUCCCUCCACUACAGCAUUUGUUCACCUGGGAGUGAUUAACCUGUGGGUGGACGAGGAGACGCCCUUCAGUAUGCGAGUGAACUGGGAGGUGCUGGACUCAGACGUGGAGCAGUACAAAGUGACGUAUGUCAGUGCAGACCGCACAGAAGAGACGGUGUUAGUCUCUGGAAACAGAAGAAGCGUGAUCCUGCAACCUCUCCUCUCAGACACAAGGUACAAGAUCACAGUGACCCCUAUUUAUGCAGAUGGAGAGUCCGCAGCUAUGUCCAAGGCCUCUAUCGGAAAAACUCUGCCACUUUCUGGACCCAGUAACCUCAGAGUGUCUGAUGAAUGGUAUAAUCGCUUCCGCAUCAGCUGGGACGGCCCUCAGUUCCCCACUUUGGGUUACAGAGUCAUCUAUCAGCCCAUUUCUGUGUCAGGUCCGGCUCUGGAGACGUUUGUAGGGGAUGAUGUGAGCACCCUGCUGAUCCUCAAUCUGUUGAGUGACACGGAGUACAGCGUUCAGGUCAUCGCCUCCUACUCCACCGGCUCCAGCCAACCCCUCACCGGCAAGGGCAAAACACUGCUCCUGGGGGUGAAGAAUCUCAGCACGUACCAGGUGCUCAGCAGCAGCUUGUGUGCCCAAUGGCAGCCUCACCGCCACGCCACCGUCUACAGAGUCGUCAUUGAGUCACUGCUCAAUGGUCAGAAACAGGAAGUGAGGGUCGGUGGCGGUGCGUCCAGAGAGUGCUUCUUCAGUCUGACCCCCAACACCCAGUACAAGAUCAGCGUCUACACUCUCUUACAGGACACAGAGGGUCCCGCCGUCACCACUAUGGCGACAACCGCUCCGGCACCCACCCAGCCACCGACUGCACCACCCACCACCAUCCCUCCUCCCACCAUCCCCCCAGCCAAAGAAGUUUGUAAAGCAGCCAAGGCAGACCUUGCCUUCCUUGUUGAUGGCUCCUGGAGUAUUGGAGAUGACAACUUUCAGAAGAUCAUCCGUUUCCUGUACAGCACAACUGGUGCACUUGAUGUGAUUGGCCCCGAGGGAACACAGGUGGCCAUUGUUCAGUUCAGUGAUGACGCCAGAACCGAGUUCAAGCUCAGCUCCUACAGCGAUAAGGAGGCUCUGCUGGACGCCGUGCAGCGCAUCACCUACAAGGGAGGAAACACCAAGACAGGCAUGUAUCUCCAUCCUCAGACUGAAUGA